AGAAGUAAAGUAUGGAGACAGUAAAAAAAUAAUUCCCGCUCUAAAAGUAAGUAAUAAUAUCAGGAACUUUUUCUGACGCAGAAUAAUUUCUACUAAUUGACAGUCAACUUUUCUGUUAUUAAAUUGUUGCUCUUCUAAAUUAUUUUAUCGCUCAAAUGAUGUUUUACCGUUAUCUUAUGCAGUUACAAGUUAGAAGUGUUGGUAUCUUAUUGGUUUGGUGAUGUUUUUUUAAGAAGACUUUUACAGUUUUUUUCAAUUCAAAAGUUUUGUUCAGAGUUCUUUCAACAUAUAGCAUAAAAAUUUCAUUUAUAAAAAAAAAUUUAAGUGGUAUAGAAUAUGAUAUUUUUUUAAACAUUUGGUGGAUGUAUAUCAGCUAAUAUUAACAAACUAUUGGUUGCUUGUUUGCUAUUGUUGAUUCAAUAUAAGAUAAUGCCAUCUUGCUACCAGGAAAAUGCUUUAUUUAAAAACUAACAUCCAGUCUAGCCUCAAGACUAACAACAUAAACUUCAUAUUUCUGGAUUCGGUCUACACUAUCAAAGUAUAGUAUGACAAAUUAUAUGAUUAUAUAUAACAGGUCCUAGUCAUUUCAUUUGAGUUUGCAGUGUUACAUUUAGAAUAUAAAAUUUGAUGACAUUUUAAAUUAAUACUGUAAGAUUGAUCGUAGGGGUGAAGAAACCACUUGGUUAAUAACAGAAAAAUUUUAAAACAUUUUUGCUGGCGUAGUUAUAUGAAGCUGACUUUAAAUUUUUCUUAUUUAAAGAAGUAAUAGCAUUUUCAAUCAAUGUAUUUUGGUUAUAUGAAGUUUUUGAAAAAUUAACUUUUAUGUGUUACUGUUUUUAUUGUUUGGCAUGGCAGCUGUAUUAUAGACAUUUAUUUCAGUAAAACUAGUUGUUGAACAGAUAGUAAAAAAGUCAACAUUAUAAUAUAUCACACACAUUUUAUAACUUGUUUUUACAACAUGUUUCUUGUUACAACAUGCUUCUUGUGACAAAGCCUUUUGGGUAGUUGAAAUCUGUGUUUUUUACUUUAUGAAAUCUUUUUUUGAAAAAAUAAAGUGCAUUCAUUAUACAGGAGCAAAGAGUUGAAAAUACAAUGAGCUGUUUAUGGUGUGAAGGAGAUAAAAAUGAAAUACAAAAAUUUUUAAAGAUUCUAUCAAAAGAGAUUGUUACAAAUGAUAAUGAAGCAUAUUUAUAUUGUGCUGAAAAGUGUAUUCCUGACCUUUUUUUUUGUCUUGAAUGUGUUAAAGUAUACCAUGAUUGCAAACACAAGUUUAUCAAAAAAGAGGAAUCUAAAAAGGAGCUUGUAGCCUGUAUUGAACAUGAGCGCUUAAUUGAUAACAUGCAAAAGAUUAAAGAAAAGAUAAGCUUAAAUGGAAAUUCUACAGACAUUACUUACCUUACUCCAUUUGUUGAAAUACUAACUUAUCCUUAUUUAUGUUUAAAUUAUAAUGUAUGGCAACAUUUUAUUAGUGGACUUGAGUGGAUGAUUGAUUUUAUGGAAGAAUCAAUUAUGGAACAAGAAUGUUUUUAUAAAACUUGGUUUUUUUUAACUCUCUGUUCUAAUAGCAAGAUAAAAGAAUGGGCUACUAAUUGUAUUGGAAAUAUGAAAUUGAUUGAUAAUGAAAACUUUAACAAGUUUAGGCCUAUCUUCAAUUGUAUACUUAAUAUAUUGUUUGAAGAUGAUUCUGUAGAUUUUCAAAUGGCUUAUGAUAUAGAGACUGAAAUUAAAGAUAAUACUAAACUUGCUCGUCACAUUUAUAUGGGGAAAACUAGUGGUGAAAUUUGGAUUGCUUGUGGUGUUAUAUUUAAUUCUCUUGAAAGCAGAGUUUUAAAAAUCUUACUUACUUCAAACAAUAAUGACAAAAUUUUAUUGCUGUUAUUUAAAAGCUUCCAUGAUUCAUCAAUUAAUAUUUGGGUAUUUCUAUAUAUUCUUGAAAUUCUUCUUGGCAAGUUGGGAUGUUCUUUUUGGUUGCUAUCCGGAAUCAAUGGCAACACACCUAUCCAGCUAUAUAAUGCUAUAAUAAAUCAUAAAGACUUUUUAAUAUUGCACAAGAAGUAUCAAGAUACAGCAUAUGUUGAGCAAGAGUUAACAUAUUCAUCCUAUUCUCAUAUGGUAUUUAGUCAUACUAAAAAUGUAAAUGAAAAAGAUAGUUGCAAUUGUGUUUUGCAAUUAUUCUCGUGGACAUUGCCUUUUCUUAAAAGUGUAAUGAAUAUUGGAAUCGAAGCACAGACUUUAUUUGGCUAUAUUUUAUUUUACCAUACUGAUUUUUUAGAUAAAUGCAAAGUGUCUGACUUGCUGUAUCAUCUUGCUUAUAAAAAUAUUGUUGAAAUUUUCAGUUUCACUUUAAACAUGAAUUUUUUUUGGAUACUUCUGCCAUUUAUUGAUGGGCUACCAGAUUUGCUAUUAAAACUUACUAUUAAUGAUUUUACUGGUGUCAUCAGUUUUACUAAACAGAUAGCUUCAUUGGUUAAUAUGUUAGUUGCAAAGGCUCUUGGUAAAAAGUAUAUUUCUAAGGAAUUGAGUUUAUCAUUUCAAUCAAAUUUUAAAAAAAUGCUAAUGCACCAAUCUUAUGAUCUAAAUGUUUUAAAAAAUAUACUUCUUAUUAUACUUCAAAAUUCUACCAAAAUUAAACCAGAGCCACUAACAGAAAAUAAUGAUUUAGAUUUUUCUGUUUCUGAAGCUUUUAAUGAAGAACAAAUCAUAAAAAUUGAUGAUGAUUAUGAUGAUAAAACAGGUAUUUUAGAACUUGAUACAGAAUGCCUCUCAAUAACAAAGUCUUCUCCGAUAGAUAUGAGGAGACUUGGUUCACACAGUCCUAUCCUUAUUAGUGAUGAAGAAGAAGUUGACCUUGAUACUCAUGCUAUUAACAACUUUAAUUCUCUUGCCUCAGUUCCUAUUGUUUAUAGCUAUAACACCAUGGCUUCCGGGAUUAAGUUUGAAGAUUUAAAAAAUAAAACUAUAAAACCUGACGAAUCUUUUUUAUCGAUAAAAUAUAAAGAGGUAACACCUUCUGUACCUCAAAGUAAUGUUCCUAAAAUCUUUGAAGCAUCAAAAUUUUCUCUCUCAGAAUCAAAUCAAAGAAUUUCUAACAUAGGUUUAGUACCUAAAUCUAACGAUUCAACUUUAUUAAAUAUAAUUGAUUUAGAAGACUCUGAGUCUUUGAAAAUUAAUCAAAGUAUAAAACAUAAAAACAGUAAUUUUAAAGCUAAUGAGAAUUUAGAUAAAGACUUGAAUAAAAAUAAAAUUUUAGUCAGCCAAACAGAAAACAAUGUUUUGGCAAAUUUCGAAACUGAGAAAGAUAUGAGUAAUUUUGUUGAUAAAUGUUUUGAUAUUUCUUCUAAUUUUAAUGAACCUCUGCUGGUUAAAAAGAUAGCUCCAAAAGCAUCUGGUUCAACUUUAAUGCAAAGAUCGAAUACAUUGCGAAGAGAAAAAAUUGAGCAAGAAUUAACUACCAAAAGUAAACCUCUAAAGUUACCAAAUCUCAACAGCAAAGUACUUUCAACUUCUAGCUUUCAUAAAUUAAUAUUUAAAUGGAAAGUAGAAUGGUUUGAAAACCAAAAAGAACCUGUUGAAACAACUAAAUGUUUAAAGAAUGUUGGUAUUAAUUUUGAUACUUAUGAUGAAUAUUACAAUACAUUUUGCAACUUAAUACUUUGUGAAGCGCAGAGCCUUGUUAGUAAAGAAUGGAAAGAAAAAUUAUAUUCCUCUAAAAUUUAUAAAAUUACUGAAAUUAAUGAACAUAAAACAAUAGAUACAAGUUAUCACAUUAAAUGUGAGUAUGAAUGUAAAGAGAAUUAUCUAGACUGUCCUAGUGAAGAUGAUUUAGUAUUGGUUCAUUUUAUUAAUGAGAAUCAAUCAGUGUUUGGUAUAGUUGAAAAAGCUGUUAUAAAUAAAAGAUACAAAAAUAGUUUUGUGCCAACUUAUGUUUUAAAUAUAAAGUUAGCAGAAAUGUCUAAUAGUAAAACAUACAAAAUUGUUAGCAUUAAGAAAAUUGCUUCGCUAAGAACUGUUAUAAGACAAUUUAAUGCUUUAACUGUGUUUAAAAACUCUUUGCUUGCAGCAGAUAUAUUAAAACCAUUUAGAAUGAAAACAUAUAACUGCAAUGAAGAACUUCUUCAAAAGGAUAAAUUUAAAAGACUUUCUAAAUUGAAUCUAAUGCAACUCCAGGCACUUUCUACUGUUUCGCGUGCUGUUUGUCAAGUAGAUUUUGUUAUUCCUAGAAUUGUACUAUUACAGGGUCCACCAGGAACUGGGAAGUCAUAUACUAUAAAGACAAUUAUAACUCACUUAAUGCAGGAGUUUUAUAAGUCAAGAGCAUCAUCAAAUCAAAAGUCUCAACGUAUUUUGUUCUGUGCUCCAUCGAAUGCUGCUGUGGAUGAAAUAGUUAGGCGCUUAGUACAGAGUCCACCGUAUAGAGAUGAUAAUGAUAGUCAUGCUAUAAAACAUGGAAAUUGUGGUGAUUUUAAUAUAGUUCGAGUUGGUCAGAAGACACAGGUUUCAUCUGACUUGGUGCAGUACUCUUUAGAAUAUUUAUUAGAACGUGAACUUAAGAACUAUAAGUCAUCACAUAAUAAAUCAAAAAUUAUAGAGCAAAUAAAAUUGUUGAAAUCCAGGCUACAAGUUAUGGACAUUGAAUGUCAGAAACUCAGGAUGUCAAAUAAUCAAAAUGAAAGUGAACAGUACAUGGUCAAAACUGAAGAGCGCUCUCGAAUGCAAAAAUCAUUAGAUGAGCUUAAUUAUAAGCGUAACAGUUUAUCAGAAAAAGGAGAUGAUCAAGGUCUUUAUAGUGAAGAAGAACAUAAUUUGCAGCGCAGUUUGUUAUUGCGAGCAGAUAUAAUAUGUUCAACAUUAAGUGGAGCUGGAUCCAAGCCUAUGGUUGAUGCUUUUAGAAGAAGCCGGGAAAUUCCCUUUCGAUGUGUUAUUAUUGAUGAAGCUGGACAAUGUACAGAACCAGAUGCACUUAUACCACUUCAAUAUGGUUCUUCCAAACUUGUUCUUGUUGGUGAUCCUGCACAGUUACCAGCAACUGUUAUUUCACAAAGAGCUGGUAGAUUUAAUUUGGGUCAAUCAUUGUUUGAACGAUUGUAUAAAGGCAUUAUUAUUAACAGUGAAGCAGGAGUGCGUCCAGCGAUUUUACUUAACUAUCAAUAUCGCAUGGCACCUGAAAUUUGUUGGUUCCCAAACAAAAGGUUUUAUAACAAUGAACUAAAGUCUAAUGAAGCGCUAAUAAAGAAAAAGUCUGAUUUAAAACCCUAUGUGUUUCUUAACUUAGAUGAAAGUAGAGAAGAUAAAACUCGAAUGGGAGGAAUACAUAAUCCUGUAGAACGUGAACACAUCAUUGCAAUAUGUGAAAAAAUUGUUACAGAAAAAAAUGCUAAUGUUAAUGAAAUAGCCGUGAUUACUCCAUAUAGAUAUCAAGCAAGUUUAAUAAAACAGGAGUUAAACAAAAAGCUAGCACAACUUGAAGGUAUAGAAGUAGAUACUAUUGACGGAUUUCAGGGUAGAGAAAAACGAAUUGUGAUAUUUUCUUGUGUGAGAGCUUCAAAUCACCAAGAAAGUAUUGGUUUUUUGAGUAAUCCACAAAGAAUGAAUGUAGCUUUAACAAGAGCAAAAGAUGUGUUGAUCAUAUUAGCAAACUGUAAUUCAAUUGAGAUUGAUGAAGACUGGAAAGCUCUUGUUGAUGAUGCUAAAAGCAGAGGCCUUCUAUUUACUGUUCAAAAUUGCAAUGACACCCUCCAAUGCAUAUUUAAUACCUCAGAUGUAGCAUUUAAACAAACUGAUCACUUAGAAGAGAAUAAAACCAAGAAUGUAACCCAUAAUCAAAGUAUAGCAAAGAACUUUAUUGAUACUUCUAUUAUAAGUUCAGAUAAUCCUUGUUUUCCUAAUUACUUAGACAAUUUACAAGUUUACAAUAUUCCUGAUAUUUCAGUCAAACCUCAGUCUGAUUUAGAGAAAACUGUGAUGGUAAAAGAAUCUUUAGAAAAAAAUAGAAAAACUCAAUGUAAUUUUAAUUCUGAACUAUGUACCUCUAAUGUUUUAAAUACACUUGUGAUGGAUAAAUCUGCAAUAAAUGAACCUGCAGUUAGUAUGUCAUUAAUAUGUAAUUCUGUAUUGAAUGAACCUGUUAUAAAUGAAAAUAUUAAGAAAAGUCAAAGUUGCUAUAAUGCUGAACGACAUAUUUUAAAUUUUUUGCAUACACCUUUACCAGAUAAAAUUACAAUAAAUGAACCUGCUGUUAAUGUACCUUUACUAAAUGAGCUUGCACCUAAGAUGUCUCUUAUGGAUAGGCCUGAAAAUAAUGAAACUUAUGCAGUUAACAUGUCAGCAAUAUGUAAAUCUGUAAUUGAUGAACCUGCAAUAAAUGAUUGUUCUAAGAAAAGUCAGUGUUGUUAUAAUGCCGAACUACAUACAUUAAAUAGUUUAAGUACACAUGUAUUAGAUAAAUUUGCAAUAAGUGAACCUUUAGUUAAUUUAUCUUUAAAUAAGAAGCCUGCAAUAAAUAAACUUGAAGAUAAUGUGUCUGUUAUGGAUGAGCCUGCAAAUAAUGAAAAUUCAUUAAAUGAGGUUGCAUUUAACAUAUCCACAAUGCAUCUUAAGGUGAAUGAACCUGAGAUGGGCAAACCUUUGAAUAAUGAAUCUACUCUAAACAAACUUGCAUUUAAAGAACCUAAUCAAAAUGGAGUUUUUAUAUUUGAAAAAGAUUUUAAAAUGGAUUUGCUUGAGGGGAACUCAGAUGCAGAAUUGAAUAAAUUAGCUGCUAAAAUCUCUCAUAAUAAUAAUAACAUUUCAGAACAUAUAUCUACAAAUGUGCAAUUGCGUAAAACACAAAGUACUACAGGCAAUUCAAAAAAUGACAAAAAACAGCAGUUAGACAAAAAUACUAUUUUGGUUUAUAAAAAUGAACUUAUUAGCUCUGAGUUAAAAAGAAAGUUUGAAAGUAUUAAACUUAAAAAGAAUCAUCAAAAACAUAUUUCUUCUUUAAACGCUCAGGUAGAAAAUGUAAAAAAUAGUUAUGAUAACAUUGAUAAUCAAGAACCUUACGUAAGAAAAGUAACAGAGGAUGUUCCCAUAAUUGAAUCUGAUAAACCUAAUCUAAUAAAAAAACAACAGGAAAAAAAAAAGAAAUAUAAGAACGCUAAUACAAAAAACCAAGAAAACAUUGAUAAUGCUGACAUUCAAGAACCUUACAUAAGAAAAGUUACAGAUGAUGUUCCAAUAAUCGAAUCUAAUAAAUCAAAGAAAAAACAAAAAAAGAGAAAGAAAUAUAAGAACUCUGAUACAGGAAUCCAGGAAAGUAUUAAAAAAUCAACUGAAUAUAGUCCCGAUAUUAUAAUUAAAAAAAUACUGAAGGAACAAUUAAAAGAAGAUUUUGCAAUACAAGAGAAGAUAAUUGGAGCUGUAAUUGAAACACUUGGUGAUAAGCUUGUUAAUAAAAUAGUAUCUAAAAGUAAAAGUGUUAUUGAUAUAGAAUCUCCAACAUAUUCAAAUGAGUCUAACAGUCCUUUAGAAACAGAUUCUAAUGUUAAUAUUACAGAAAAAUCAAAACAAUGUGCUUUGCAACUACGCAUAAAUAGUAGUAACAGCAAAGAAAGUGAUGUUCAACAGAAUGUAGUUGAUACAUCUGAUGGAGCGCAAAGUUUCCGCAGAAAUAAACCUUCUGAAUCUUAUUAUAACUUGCCUCACCACCAUUCUGACGGAGCUUAUUGCAUAGACGUAUGUAAACGUGUUUUAGAGCGAGAGAAAAAAAGACGUUUUUUUGCUGAAGAUGAUUUGUUAAGAAAAAACAGUUCUUUACCUAAAUUAAUUGAAUGGAAGUUAAUUCCUCUAGAGAUAGAAACUCCCGUUGUGUAUUCUAAACCUGAGCUUAGCAGUUCAUAUAACUUGGUAUCUGACCCUCGUUUAAGAUCAAAUAAUUCUUCAGUUGUUUUGGGUCAUCUAAAUCUUACAAAAAAUGACAACACUCAAAAUGACCUUGGAACUUUAAGAAAAGAUACAGGUUUUUCAAUUCUAAGUCAAAACUCAGAACAUUUUCAACAAUUAGAAUGUGCAGUUGAACUGCCUAAACUUCCAGUUUUAUCAGAAGCUGACUUUUUUCCACAUGAUGCAAUUGAUGACCAUCACUCUACUCCGAUGGACAUAUGUGAAGAUAUCAAAAGUCCAAUUCUCAUUAAUGAACCAAUCAGUAAAUAUCCAUUAAUACCAAAUCGUGGGUUAACUCAAAGUGAAGGUUUUUUUUCAUCUAGUAGCAAAUUUUUGGGAUUUAAUGACAAUUUUUUGUGUCAACCAAGAUUAGAUUUUCAAAAUCAAGAGUUCUUGUGUGAUCUAACCAAAGAACCAACCGGGUCUAAACCAUUUCCUUCAAAACCUCCAUUACUGUUCAAAGGUAGCUUCGAUAAUUAUACGUCUAUUACCAAAUUUCAAGAUGGAAUUCAAAGUAAAUGCUUUGAUGAUCCUUGCUUAUUAAGCUGGAGAGCUGUUGAAAAAAUUAAAGAGAACAAGUACUUUAAUGAUAUUCAUGAAACUCAGCAGGUGUUGCUAACGACAUCAAAAAGAAAAGUAGCUUAUAUAUCCCCACAACCUAUUGAAAACCAUCAAAGGUAUAUAUCGCCACAAUCUAUUGAAAACCAUCAAAGCAAAAGAACUAAUAUUCAAAGUGAUAUUGGAAUCCAAAAUUAUGAAAAGCAAGAUAUUGACUCAGUUAUAAACAUUAAUGAAAUUAUGAAUGCUACUCUUCAAGACUUAGCCGUGAAGAACGUGUUUGAAGAUUGUGUUCGACAAAUAAGUUUGUCUAAUAAUUACGAAAACAAAGAAUAUAUGGUGAACUAUGUUAAAGGUUUUUUAAUUCGUACAUUUAGCAAUAGUAUAAAAAGUGAUUCAGCCUCAGAAAGCACAAAUGUUCAAUCUCCCAUACAGGAUUUAUCAUCUGAACCUGUAAAAAUGUACAAUUUUAAUGAGUUACAUGAGUUUCCAGAAGAAAAUAAGUUGUAUUCUAAUACCAACUGCAAAUAUGAACAACCAAAAGAUAAAAAAUUUAAGAUUACUCCAUCCGACUUGAACUUAUCGGAAAAUAUUAUCCCUAGUUUUGUUCAUAAUCAAAAAGUACUAAUUCAAUCUCCGACCUUUAACGAACCCAUUCCUUUAAUUUGCGAUGAAAGUAAAGUUUUGCAUCAAGCACAAAGUAAAUUACCCAAUAGUAUUACUAUUCAAAUUAACAAUGAGGCAAUUCAAACUAAAAAUGACACAAUUCAAAGUAAUGAUGACGCAAUUCAAAGAAGAAUUCAGCGGUUUGGUGUUGUGCAGAAAGAAGAAAACUGUGUUACCAGUCCUUCAAAAAAACGUUUUAAAUGUUCUUUGAUUUCAGAGCAUGAAAAAACUUCAAUCAACAUUACCGAUAACCUUUCUAAGACAAAAUUUAGUAAUUCAACAUUUGAAUGUCGAGUCUUAAUUGAAGAUAUAAAAGAUAAUGAUAUAGAUUUUACAUCUAAAAAAGAAUCUUUAUCAAAUAAUGACAAGCAAUUAAGCUACGCAAGAAAAGUCAAACGUGCAAAAAUGCCAAGAUCGAGUAAUCCAAAAGCUGUAAUCAAAAUUAAUUCAAGGCAAUUAAAAUCUUCAAACAAGAAUUAUUUAGAAAAUUUAUCGCCCAAAAAAAUCAAAAUGUCGGUUAAAAGUGAUGAUCCAAAAUCGGUGGAUACGAAGAAAAAUUGUAUUCAGAACUAUAAUGAUAAUAAUGACGUAAGUAUUGUUCGAAGCGAAAAUUUAUUUAGUUUAUCUGCGUCUUCGAAUGAUAAAAAGACAGAUGUUUUUUCCCGACUUGGUUCACGCUUAUCUACAGAUAAUCUUUCUGAAAUUUCAGCUACAAACAAGCCGGUUUAUAAACCAAAUGAAGUAAGAAGUUUUCCUUUAAAUUAUCGACAAGACUCAACACAUUUUGACAACACGUGUAAUAGAAAACAGUUUUUAAUAGACCAUAGGAGUUUAGGCGUUGUCAAACCCUAUAGAUAUGAAUCACCGGGCUCUGAAACAUUUCAAAAAGGUUACAGCGAAAAGAAAUCGUUUAUUAAAAAAAACUUUAAUGAAAAGACACUCCCCCACUUAUCGCCGGAUAAACGGAAAUAUAGACUAAAUGAGAGUUCUUACUUUGAAGGCACUUCUUACGAUGAGAGACCAUAUAGUAAUCAUGCGACAGAUUACUUUCCGAAUAUGGAAGUAAGAAGGCAUUAUAAAGUUACACAAAAUAAGAAAACUUACCGUUUGCGCCCUUAGUUAAAGUGUUUAUCGAUCAUCUUAUUAAACAUUAGUGCUUCCAAAAGUUAGCCUGCGUUAUAAUUGUUCGUGUUAAUACUUUUUCUUUCGGAAAUAAUCGCGAAUACAAUCUGUAAUCAAACUAUAUCGAAAAGUUGUUUGUUUUUAAAUUGUAUAAUAAAAUUUGUUUGCCAAAUUACUUUUCAUUUUA